UACAUCCAGGUACUCAGGUUCUUCAAUAUCUGGAUAACUUACUUUUAGCUGAAAGCUCAGAAAGCCAGUGUCGGCAGGCCACUCAGGACCUCCUAAACUUCCUUGCCGACUGUGGAUAUGAAGUUUCCAAACCGUAGGCCCAGCUUUGUAGGCAGGAGGUAAAAUACCUAGGGCUGGUCUUGUCUAAGGGCACUGGGGCCCUAGAUAAGGGACAGCUUCAACCAUGCUCGGCUUCCCCCAUCCCAAGACCUUAAAACAGUUACAGGGAUUCUUGGGAAUAACUGGUUUUUGCCGAUUACGGAUUCCCAGAUAUGGUGAAAUAGCAAAACCUCUGUGCACUCUAAUUAAGGAAACCCAAAAAGCUAAUACCCAUUUAGUACUCUGGGACCCGACAGCAGAGCAGGCACUACUGCAGACUCCAGCUCUAAGCCUUCCUACAGGAAACUUCUCCCUAUAUGUUACAGAGGAGUCAGGAGUGGCCCUGGGAGUUCUCACCCAGACUCGGGGAGCCACCCCACAACCAGUGGCAUACCUAAGUAAGGAAAUUAAUGCAGUAGCAAAAGGCUGGCCACACUGCUUAUGAGUCGUAGCUGCAGUGGCUAUGCUGGUCUCAGAGGCAGUUAAAAUAGUGCAAGAAAAAUAUCUAACUGUAUGGACUUCACAUGAUGUAGCUGAAAUUCUGGGCUCUAAAGGAGGCUUACGGCUGUCUGACAAUCGUUUCCUCAAAUAUCAGGCCUUAAUGCUCAAAGGGCCUGUACUUCAGCUGCAUACAUGUGCAGCCCUCAACCCAGCUACUUUCCUCCCUGAGACAGCAGCAGACGCAGAGCAUGAUUGUCAGCAGAUUACAGCUCAGAACUAUGACCUCUUAGAUACUCCUCUAGCCAACUGUGACCUUAACCUUUACAAUGAUGUAAGUUCCUCUGUGGAAAAUGGAGUUCAAAAAGCAGGAUAUGCAGUACUCAGUGAUCAAACAGUGCUUGAAAGCAAUUCCCUUUCACCUGGUGUUAGUGCCCAGCUGGCAGAACUGAUAGCCCUCACCCAAGCUCUAAAAUUAGGAAAAGGAAAGAAAGUCAACAUAUACACAGAUUCCAGAUACGCUUACCUGGUUUUGCAUGCCCAUGCUGCUAUAUGGAAGAAAAGAGAGUCCCUAACCUCAGCAGGAACUCCCAUUAAAUACCACAAGAAAAUUUUAGACUUAUUACAAGCUGUCCAAGAACCAAAAGAGGCAGCAGCCUUACACUGUCGGGAUCACCAGAAAGGAGAUGAGAAGGCAGCCGAGGGCAAUCGCCAGGCUGACCUAGAGGCCAAAGGGCAGCUAGACAAGCAUUUAUGA